AUGCGGUUCCCAGAGGAAAACUUACUGGCUACAAUCCCUGAAGGGGAUGGCUUCUUCGUUGCCUCGCCUGGAGCCCUGCUCAAGGCCGGCCGCUACAGCAUCAUUCGCAAGCUAGGAAGAGGGGUCUGCUCAAAUACGUUCCUAGUGGAGGAUCUUCAACCCAAGUCGUUGUCUUCCAAAUACUUGGCAGCAAAGAUAUUGACUGUGGCGUCCACUGCUGCUCUGGAGAAGGGUUCCAUCCAUGAACCUGAGUUCCUUCAGGCCGUUGCUCACCGACGGAAGAGCACGCCUGUGCCGUCAUUGCCCGUUCUCGAAGACCAUUUCGCUCAAAGAGGCCUCCAUGGAAUUCAUUAUUGCCUUCUCACCGCUCCUUUACGGUCCGAUGUCCAUGCCUUCCGCACCUCUGCUGCCUCAGGAAAGCUCGCUGUCCAUGUCGUCAAGCCGAUAAUUGCUUGUGUGGUUGAAGGCUUGAAGGCGUUGCAUUCGCUUAAUAUUAUCCACGCAGACGUCAAGGCGGACAAUGUGUUAUUCCUAGGUCCAGACACAGCAGAGAUUGAGGAAACAAUUGCGAGGGAACCUCCAUUGGUCGACGGUACGUUCGAGUUCCGAGGUACGCAAUAUCCGAUUCUCCGGUCGCAACCGUUCCAGCCAGGGAUCUCGUGGGAUGUAUCUUCGUUCGACGCGGAAACCAUCCAGGUGGUAUUAAGCGACCUCGGAGCUGCCUUAUGGGCCGACAAGCCCAAACCUCCGGGUGACAUCGGCGCAUUUGCGUUGCGUGCGCCUGAGAAUAUCAUCCGCGCUGAAUGUGGCAAGGAGAUCGAUAUUUGGGCUGUUGGGUGUAUGACGUUCGAGCUCCUUACGGGACAGAUUCUCUUCCGACCUCAGCCCACCACAGAUCUCACUGCGGACGAAAGUCUGCUCUUGUUGCAGUACGCUUUGACCGGUGAGACCCUGGACAAGAGCCUGGCCGAGCAGUCUCGCGCCAAGGAUCAGUACUUCGACAACGAAGGGGACUUCGUGAAAGCCAAGGCGAAUCCCUAUCCUCGCCAAACACUCAAAGAGCUCUUGACCGAACACACCGAGCUCACUGCGAUUCAGGUCGAGGCUGCUGCCCGAUUCAUUGGGGAUUGUUUAAGGCUUGAUCCUGGUGAUCGGCUGAGCAUUGAGCAGUUGGACCAGCAUCAAUGGCUGGAGACUGCAUUUAUGGGAGGUAUGGACGAGGCGGAACAACCUCCUCAUUCCGAUGCUGCGCCUGAGUCUCAACGCCAGCCUGCUUUGUAA